AUGGCAAAAGAAGCAGCAAGCUCGAACAUCAAGAUACUAGUUGAAAAACUAAACUGCACUGAAAACCAGGCAAGAAACGCGCUGCAGAUAGCAAGAGACGACAUGGCAAUUGCGGAGGUGAUUAUAAAAGAGCACAGAGCUGAAAAAAGAACAAGCUAUGUCGGAGGAAACAGCGGCCAAAUAGUGGAAAUGCCAAAGUCAGGAUAUGCAGAAGAGUUUGAAAAGCUGAUGAAGCACAGCGAGAUGAACCAGGGAGAGGAGGCCGUGGGGAAAAGAAAGUUCACCAUAUACAAAAAUGGCUUUCUGAUAGAUUCAAAGUUUACGCCCCUAAAAGAGGCUGAAAUAAAAAGAACAAUGGAAAAUAUUUUCAAAAACAAAGAACUGCCCAGCGAUUUAUUUAACAUCAACCAAGACGACUUAAUCGACGUAGAAGUCGUUGAUAAAUCGGAUGAAAUAUACAAAGAAGACUAUCCAGGCGCCUCGCGCACUGUCAAUCUUGCGAUACCAACAGAAGCAAAGUCGCACAUUGAUCUGGGAGGGGACUCUAUAGUGUUUAAGCUGACAAUAGAGGGAAAGAACACUGUUGUAAAGAUGGGUGACUGCCCCACAUUUUCUUUAUUAAAAGCAUACUUAGAAGAAAGAGGGAUAUGUGGUCGAUUAAUCUAUGAAGAGAAAGAGAUAAGCUGGGACGAGAACCCCGCCAACUAUAAAAGAACACUUCUAAAGCUUGUGCAAUAA